UCAUUUCAUUUUGUCUCUCUCUCUCUACUUUCUCUCUCUAAAAAUGGUGGCGAUAAUGAAGAAAUGGGCGCCGUGGCCCCCCGCUGCGGCGGAGACAAGGAAGUUUCAGGUGAAGCUGAAGCCGGUGAGGCUCGAGGGAUUCGAUGUCGAAUUAGAAGAGAAUUCGGAGAGAGAGAAAGUAAUGGUGAUUGAGAUGAGAUGGAAAGGAGGACCCAAGGGUGUUCUGGUUCCGUUCCAUCGAACUUCCAAGAUGAGGAAAAGCAUUUCCACCGAAAAGACUGUGAGGAAAGGGGAAUCCAUCGAAUGGGACAAAGAUGAAUUCGAGAAUGUGUGUGAUUUUUCCAUCGGUUCAAAAGACAACACAUUUGGUCCGUGGGAUGUGUCCUUUAGAUUAUUAUAUGGAGAGAAAGCAGAGUCAAAGGCUAAAUUGGCGGUGAUUGGGAAGGUGUCCCUAAAUUUAGCUGAAUGGGCUUCAACAAUGGAGUCUGGAAUUGAAAGAAAAAUUCCAAUUAGUUUUCGGGUCGCCGGAGUUGUCCGAGAAGCUACCCUUUCGGUGUAUGUUAGCUUUGUGGAGAUUAGAAAUUUUCUAGACUCAGCUGGAACGGUUCAAAACUCAACCGAGUCAAAGUACGUGGAAGGUUUUUCAAGAAAGGGAUUGAUGGAUGACAAGGGGAGAGGAGGGAGAAAGAAGAGUCAAGACGAAGUGGGUUCUGGUGACUCGGACGAGUCAAUCGUUUUGGACUCGGGAGGGACGUCAGAGAGCGAGUUUGCUGCUGUGACUCGCGAUUCUGAGUUGAGUUCGGAGGCCGAGUUGGAUUCGUUUCCGAGUUCAGAGGCUGAGUCGGAACCGGUCAGGAAGGCAGGGUUCUUUUCUUGGAAGAGGAGGCGGGUGACUCAUAAACCGGCCAAGACGAAAGUAGAGCCGUUGAUUAAGAAGACCGGAGAUGAGGACGAUGAGAGGAAUCAAUAUGUUGACCGACGACCAAGAGGCUCUUCCUCCGUUGACUUGAAACGAGGUGUCACUGACCCUUCUGUAUCAAAGCGCCAAGAUGAAAGUGGCUCCACAAGUAACUGGGAAGUGAAGGAGCUAGUAAGUAGAGAUGGCCAAACAAAGCUCAAAGCCAAUGUGUUCAUGGCCUCCUUCGACCAACGCAGCGACAAAGCUGCCGGAGAGAGUGCCUGCACAGCCCUGGUUGCAGUCAUUGCCCACUGGCUUCAAACAAACCAAAAUGCCAUGCCAACAAGGUCAGAAUUCGACAGCCUCAUCGUACAAGGUUCCUCCGAAUGGCGAACACUUUGUCAAAAUGAGGCCUUGCUAAGCCGGUUCCCUGACAAGCAUUUUGAUCUCGAGACUGUCUUGCAAGCUGACCUUUGUCCAUUGUCUGUAUUGAGCGAAAAGUCCUUCGUCGGAUUCUUUGGCCCUGAAAAGUUUGAGUCCUUGAAAGAAUUAAUGUCUUUUGAUGGUAUUUGGAAUGAUGAGAUUAGUAGCAAUGCUGAACAACACAAUGAACCUAGGGUUUACAUUGUGAGUUGGAAUGACCAUUUCUUCGUGUUGAAGGUGGAAGCCAAUGCUUACUAUAUCAUCGACACGUUGGGGGAGAGGCUCUUUGAAGGGUGCAACCAAGCAUUCAUACUAAAGUUUGACGAGUCGGCUUUGAUGGAGGGGAAGGUAGAGAAGGAAAAGGCCACCUCAGAGGAAAAGGCAGGGGAUGGGAGUACUAAACCUGAGGAGGAAAAGGAAAGGGAAGAGGUAAUCUGGAGAGGAAAGGAAUGUUGUAGAGAGUUUAUUAAGAGAUUUCUUGCUGCUAUUCCGCUUAAAGAACUGGAAGAGAGAGAGAAAAAGGAGACAGUUUCUUAUUUCUCCCUACAUCAGAGAUUGCAGAUUGAGUUCAACUUCAGCUCUUCGUCGUCUUCCUCAUCGUCUUCUGCUAAUUCUUCUUCAUCCUCUCUUUUCAUAAAUGAUGAUGUAUUCGAUUAAUGUAGAUCAAUUGUGUUAUUGUGUCUUAUGUCAAGAUUUUUGAGCUAGUUGGAGUUAGAUGUCUUAGUUAGAAGAAGGUAAAUGAUCAUUUACACGGCGAAAGUGAAACUAAUUGUGCAGAAAAAAGUUGUUUUCAAAGUGAAUGUUUCUUCUUGAAUGAUUUUAGUUGAGUCCACCUUAUAUGUAUCACGGCAGUGAAGAGUUUACAAUGAUUUGUACUUUAUUUUACAGAAGAUCUAAUAAACUUUUGUAAUGAGAAUCUUCAUCUUCUAUAAAUUUCCAAAGGAAUUUUUUGUCCUA